CUAUACAUAGAAAAUGCAUUAGGCGUUAGUAAUCGUAACAAUGCUCCGAUCACUGGUCUCAUCUUACUGUCGAGUUAGCCGCCGUAGCGCAGCUCCGUCCACCCGCCGUUGGAUCUCAUCCACUCCCCAUCUCAGCGCGUCAUGGAUGGACAAGAUUAAAGGAGUGUUCACCGGAAGCAAGGGCGCCGACUCCGCCUCCGCCGAGACCUCCGGCUCCUUCACCCUUAUCCGGUUUGCGGAGGAGAUGAACAAAGCCAGGAAGCUGAAGAAGCUGAAGCAGUUCGUGGUGGGGAGGGGCAGCGAAGCCACUUUCGCCGACGCCUUCGAGAAGCAGGAAGCCAUAAUCCGAUACCUCGGGGGUGUUGAUCCUACUGGCGAGAACAUUCAAACCAGUCACAAGAAGGAUGCUGCAAAACAGUGUAAUUGCACCGUUAUUGAUGUUGAAAAUGCCUUGGCAAAAUUUACAUGGGCGAAAGAUGCCCAGAAAAAGAUUGAACAGCUUAGAGCGGAAGGGAAACCGAUGCCCAAGAAUAUGGCGGAGAUGCAGAAGCUGAUGGGAUCUUCUCCAUUAGAUGUUGCCCGAUCAAACUUGGCUAAGAGUGGACAGAUAAGUAGGAAUACACCUUGUCCGUGUGGUGCUGUGGAAAGGAUCAAAGCAAAUGAAGGUGAAGUGUCUCGUCACAUUUACAAUUUUACAUUUGUUGAGUUUAUGAUCCUUGAGGAGAGCUUGGACCUUGCUUUUGAAUGGAAAGAUUGGAUAAUUAAUAGGCACAAGAUACUAUAGACUGCAGGAAUUAAUCCUUGAGGAUUAGUACCUUUGUAGUAUCAUCUACUAUCCAGCCAUACAAGUCCUAAUGGAAUAGGAAAUUUUGGAGAGAACGGUUAUCAGCUCUUUCAAACCUAGUUUGCUGUCGAUUUUAGGUGGAUUUUUUUGGGAUGACAUAAUCUGUGUGUCAUCAUUGUAAUUGUUUAUGCAAUGCAAUUGUUUUAUUUUUGGUGGCCCUAAUAAUUAAUACUUGUUUCGAAAGUAUGAUAUAUCAGUUUGAAAACGUGUGCCUUUGUAAUGAAAAAUAACACCAGAGCUAGUCAUUGCAUAUAUUUUCAUUAAUGAUAUCACGGCGAGAGGGUAUGUUCGUUUGAGUCCUACCUAAUGAGAUUUGAAGAUGUGUGGAUUUAGCUUAAAUGUAUUUUACUUUUUCAAGUAUUGAGAAUUGAGAUAUAUGUUUAUUUGAGACCUAACUAACGAGAUUUGAAGAUGUGCG